CACAGAGUACACCAUGUACUCCAUACAUUCACAGUGCAUCGUUCUAUACUUUCAGGUGCAGGUCAUCCUAUCCCACCUGUUUAAUUAUGCACACUAAGAAGGACCCCCGUCUGAGGUGUGGGUCCAGCUGAUGUCGCUCCUUAGUCUUACUGUUAUGUUACUGCUCCACAGUUAAGAGGCUGACGACACCAUCCUCUGUAUUGUUUACCCUUUCCAUGAAUAUUGUAUUUUGUUAUUCAUUUCAAGUAUUUUUUCUGGCUGUCAUGCUCUUGGUGCUUCUGCAGUUCUGGAACCAUACUACAGAGGAGCUCCUGCUGCUUCAAAACUCUGGAGCGUGAAUGAGCAGAGUCGACAUGGAGAACAGCAAGCCUGUGAAAGAGGUGCUCCCCCUGCCUCGCCACCCCACCUCCCUUCCUGUGACCUGUCCCUCUCUCACAGCUGCUCCCACUUCCAUGAAACCCUCCACAGGCUCCAUCCAGCAUGUACAGCUGGCCUCCUCGGUGGUUACAUCAUUCAACCACCUGAAGCCUCCAGAGAGGGAUCUCACCCUGAUGUCUCAUAUGAAAUCUAUCAAGUCUCUGAGGCACGCUGGCUUUACGGCAGUCUUCACUGGACCAACGAAGCUUGACAGCGAGGAGGUUUUAGAGGAUGUACCAGUCGUCGAUGUGAUCCUGGCUGACAUCGACUCCCUGGUGCCCACUCACGAUGAAGCCGGUCGCCCCAUAGCGGAGUGGAAACGACAGGUGAUGGUGCGGCAGCUGCAGGUCAGGCUGCAGGAUGAUGAGGAGCAAAGGAGAGAGGACAUGGCCGAUGGCUACAUGACAGUCGAUGGCUGGAAGUACUCCCAAGCCCACAACGCAGUCUUGGGGCCUUUCGGCGAGCUCCUGACUGAGGACGACCUGGUGUACCUGCAGCAGCAGGUCGAGACUGUUUCCCUGCAGAAACACUGCCAGGCCUACGAGCUAGAGCUGACCCGGCUGACUGAGGAGCUGAGGGCCAUUUUACCUGAUCCCAUCGUCAACAUCUCCCUUAACAAAGAGGCCCUGCAACAGAUGGACGCGGAGGGCAAGAUGCACCUGACUCUACCAGUCUGGUGCGGUCAAGUUUCAGAGAUUGUUAAGAGUAUGUCCCUGCUGGUGGCUAACCUGAGCCAAACCACAGAAUUUAGGAGUGACAGCAGAGUAGUGGAAGACAUGAUGAAGGGGUUGCAGGGCGAUAAAGAUAGUUCAGGAAUUGAUGUAGGCCAGGGAUUCAUGCAACAAGGCCAAGAGAUGGUGCCAGCACAUGUGGAGACCUCUAGUGGAUUUAGGAUACCUCACAUAGGUAUGGCAUCUGCCUUUAGCCAUCGUUUGGAGACCAACAGCUACAGCAGGGCGCGGAGAGAAAGGGUUGAGAUGGAGAUACAACAGUCUGGGGUGUCGGUCAGCAACCUCAGAUCCACCUUCGAAGGUCAGAUAGGUGGUAUUUACCCCUUCGCUGGAUUUGUGAGAGGAGGCCAGGGUUUGAAGAACCAGGUCGUCACUGGGGCUUCCGGAGGAAACGACACUGCCAGCAGUGGCUUCAGCUGUGAGUUGAGCUCUAGGGAAACUUCUAAAAAAGUGUCGCCUGUGAUGGAGACCACCAGCUUAAGGAAAGAGCGCAUAGUGGUGCUGUUCCUGAGCCACUGGAAAAAAUCUGCAUACGCUAUUUCAGUGAAAGCAGCGAGGCAGAGACACGAGCAGGAGGCAGAAUCAGGGCGAGUGACCGCAGCACCACCGCAAAAGAAAAUCACCUCCAUGUUUCAGUUCUGCCAACAACGCGCCGCUGUGGACAAGAUGCUGAACACCUGGAGGAAUAAACUAGAACUCAAAGAGGGGCCCAAGUCCUGUUUCUCCUCCUCUUACUCCCCAAAUCCACCCCCUCGAGUGACCUACUCCCCAGAGCAGUUCCUGCCCGAUGUAGACGGUGUUGCAAUGAGCCAUGACAGCUUGACCCUUGACCUCUUCAUGCUGGGAUACUUCCAUAUCUUGGAGCAAGACCUGUUGCCCGAGGAGAGGAAGAUGAGGCAUCUCCUCUGCUUUGAAAUCUUUGACCAUGUUGGCAGUUUCCCCUGGGAGACUGUGCGGGACUUCCACAAGGCUGUUCUCCAGGAAAUCCAGGCCGGGAGGCGACAGUGGCGCGACGGCUUCGAGGACAUCAAAGUUCGCUUCUUCGGGCACUCAAGAGUAUACCGCAGUACAUCUUCACCACCACCACUACUAUUGUCGUCAUCAUCACUGUUGCCAGAUUCCAGACUAGUACCCAAAGUUAUAGUUCAAACUGCUGGUCCAGAUGAGUGUAGCAGCAACACAGAUGCCUCUUGUUUCAACUGUGAAGACAUUUGUAAAUACAUUGACCGCAGCUUUGCUUUCUGGAAAGAGAAGGAAGCAGAGCUGUUUGAUUUUGAACAAUAGUCUUGAGGAUAGGUGUGACAUUUUUUUCCACAAAAUAAUGAUAUUAAGGUGUGCAUGGGAUAAUAAAGGUGAUGUUUGCUUCGUAUGUAUAUGUGAGAACUAACCUUCCUCCCUAGAGCUGUGGCAAAAACCUGGGGGCAUGGAGAUUGGAAGAUGUGGUUGUUUACGAGACAGGGCGGGUCUAUUGACAGACUCCAUCGAGUUGCAUUAUGGGAAAUGUAGGAUCCAAGGUGUUGAACUCACAACAGGGACAAAAAUUGAGGAAUUUCUCUGCCUCUGCCUUAGUGAUGCUCAACAUUAAUUUAAUGAAUAAUGAUUUCUUUUUAUUAUUAUAUAAUUUUAACCCACCUCUCUUAAGAUCCAAAGCUUGAUUGAAGUUAAAUAUUAAAAUGUUGGAAUACCAAAAAACAACAUCAAUAAAAGUAUCAGUAUUCUCAUUAAGUGCAUACAGGCCUCUUUCAGAGUAAUUUUACUUCAUUUUAGAAAUGAAAUAUUGUUAAUGAUUCAUAAACUUUUUAACUUUCAACAUUGAGUACUCACUAUCUGCCAAUUAUUUUUCUCAAAUAACCGAUUAAUCUUUUUCGAUUUAAUAAUUAAAAUGCCCCAUAAUUUGUCGUUGAGGCACAAAGUGCUUCUUCAAAUUGCUUGUCUCUUUCUGACCAAUAGUGUUGAACUCAAAUAUAUUCAGUUUACAAUUAUAUAUGACAAAGGAAAGCUGCAAAUCCUGACAUUUGAGAAAGCUGGGAG